UUAUUUUGCUAUUCUGGAGCUUCGACCUCGCUUAGUUUCCAUACAUUUUCCUUUUCAAUUACACAAGUUAAGGGUAUAUUGUCGUUAAAAACCUCCUAAAAUGUUUAAACUAAUUGUAUUCGAUGCAUAUACGCAAUAUGCUUUACUUUCCGCAUUUUCCUGCAAUGGGCAUGUGGCAUAGCACAAUAGUUCAUUAAAAUAGCUGACCAAACAAAACGAUGGAUUGCUGUAGCGUAAUAAAAGUAUCAGCAGUUAAUAGGCGACAUUAUCAUUAAUUUAUACAAUUGGUGUCAAGUGGUUGUAAACCUAAAUAAUGAAUCGUUUCUUAUUGGGUGUCUGGAUUCUGAUUUUAGAUAAUUGCUCCUGUCAGUUACUUUUUAAUCAAAAUUCUGGAAAUGAAAACAUUGAUGAGCACUGGGAGGAAUUUAAGAAAAGAUUCAACAAAUCGUACAACGACCACUACGAUCCAUUUAGGAAAGAAGCAUGGUUAGCUAAUAUUGAAAAAAUUAAAAAACACAAUGAAGAGGCAGCCAAGGGUAUGCAUUCUUAUUACCUAAUGGAUAACAACUUAGCUGAUUUGACUCACCAAACAUACCUACAGAAAAUGGUGAAAUUGACCCAAAGUAGGCACAGAAAAGUUGAUGCUGACGUUGUAGGGGAUUUUUACCAUCAAUUUCACCAUAUACCCGAAGAAGUCAAUUGGAUUGACAAGGGUUUUGUAACGCCCACAUAUAAUCAAAAAACUUGCGGAUCUUGCUAUGCGUUCAGCAUAGCUGGGGUGUUGCAAGGGCAGGUUUUCAAGCAAACGAAAAAGUUGGUUCCCUUAAGUUCUCAGCAAUUAGUCGACUGCAGUGCGCUGUAUGGCAACUUUGGGUGUGCGGGAGGUUCCUUGAGGAACACCUUGCGCUACUUGGAAAAAGCUGGCGGACUUAUGGCCUAUAGUGACUACCCAUAUAACGCAGCACAAGGAAAAUGUCGCUAUACCAAAGAUAUGGCCAUCGUUAACGUUACGUCCUGGGCAGUACUGCCAGCACGUGAUGAGAGAGCUUUGGAAAUCGCUGUAGCUAAUGUGGGACCAAUCGCAAUAUCCAUCAACGCCGCGCCUCAUACUUUUCAGUUUUAUCACAAAGGCAUUUUUGACGACCCUGGCUGUACUUCGUUUAGCGUAAAUCACGCCAUGCUACUUGUGGGAUAUACAAAGGAUGCCUGGAUAUUAAAAAAUUGGUGGGGCAAACAUUGGGGAGAGCAGGGUUAUAUGAGGCUCAGACGAAAUAAAAACAGAUGUGGAAUUGCUAAUUACGCUGCGUAUGCUUUAGUGUGAAAAAGCUAAAUAGAACUAUUUUGGGAUU